GUCGAUAGAGGAGAUUGGAACUCCCGUCAACUCCAUCGAGCCCCCAGCCAAAGGAUCCUGCCGUGCACUGACUUAGAAAAGACCUGCAACAUUAGCGCCCAAUCCGUCACCCUCCUCUGUGAACAUCCCUUUCCAGUCUAGUGCUAUCAACCCUGGCCGCCAUGUCAUUACGCUGGAGCCGCGAAUUGGCUAGCGAUGUCUGCCUCUGGACGGUUAUGCCCGGUCCAAUUACUGCCCAGGAACGGGCUGCUAAGAUUGGCGUUAAUGUGCUUCAACGGCAACGAUCGCGGUCGCCUAGUACGGGAGCAGCCUCGCUCUUCGAUAUUGUGUCGAGGCGUUGUCGCGUUAGCAACUACAGAUCGCGAGUAACUAUCCCUGCACGUGCGGAUCUCUGUUCAAUCAUGACCCACAGAGAGACAAAGCACGAAUGGUCGGGAGUGCCUAGCGAGGACAAUCUCUCUUCGAUGCACCGUGAUAUUGAUCAAACGGUGCUGGUGGCGCCAUAUAAUCCCGUAGCAAGGGUGGAAUUCCUUCGCGCGGGUCUUGAAAUUUCGCAGGCCGCCAUUCGACGAUGA